AUUUGUCCCAGGAAAAGCUGUUACCCUGAGUACAAGAGACACUCACCCCAUAACUCUGUGAGCAUCAGAGGAUUCAUUACUCACUGCUGACUCCAGGAGACCAAGAGAAGGUCCCAGCACCUCCUGAGCCUUGUACAGUGGGCCAGCUGUGCCCUGAGUUGUGACAUCAUGCCCAGACGCAAGAAUAAGCGCCAUUCCUCUGGGAAGUCCCGCCAUACCCAGGACCAGGACCAGGCCCAGGCCAGCACAGAGGCCCAGGCCAAGGCCAAAGCCCAGAACAAGACCCAAGCUAAGACCAAGGCCAAGGCCCAGGACCAGCCCCAGGCCCAGACCCAGGCUGAAGCUCGUCAUGGCACCACUGGGCGCACCCCAGCAGCAGCAGUGGCUGUGGCAGAGGCAGCAGCUGCAGAAGCAACAGCAGCAAAAGGCAAUGAUGCCCAGGAUGCUCAGGGCAAUGCUGGCACCAAGACCUCCAGUGAUGCCAGGGCAGCCUCUGGCCCCAAAGGAGCUGAGGCAGGGCCACAGCCCAAAACCACCCCUGUGGGCAGACCCAGCUGUGGAGGAGCUGAGGGAGCUGCCCCCAAGUUGGAAGUGGAGGAGAAGUUCGAGUACGGCCCGCUGUACACAGACCCUGACGCCAUGAGCAAGAGGGUGGUUGUGCUGGAGCAGUUCCUGCUGUACAAGUUCCAGCUGAAGCAGCCCAUCCUGAAGGCAGAAAUGCUGAAGAUCUUGGGCUACAGGUACCAAAACCGCUUCCUGGAGAUGCUGAAGAAAGCCUCUGAGCGCAUUGAGACCCUGUUUGCAGUGCGCGUGCAAGAAGUGGACUCAGUGACCCAAGCCUAUGACCUAGUGAGUGAGCUCAAGCUCCCCAACCACGGCAGGGUGUGCCCUGGCAGAGGGCUGCCCAAGUCCGGGCUCCUCAUGCAUGUCCUGGGCAUGAUCUUCCUGAAGGGCAACUGCGCCAGCGAGGAAGACAUCUGGAGGGUGCUGGGCACCAUGCAGGUGUACCCGGGCAGGAAGCACAACAUCUACGGGGAGCCCCGCAAGCUCCUCACCAAGGAUCUGGUGAGGCUGCAGUACCUGGAGUACCGCCCGGUGCCCAACACUCAGCCCCCCCGCUACCAGUUCCUGUGGGGCCCCAAAGCCCAUGCUGAGACCAGCAAGAUGAGCGUGCUGCAGUUCAUGGCCAAGAUCAAGGGCACGGUGCCCAGCUCCUUCUCACCCCAGUACCAAGAGGCUCUGCGUGAGCAGGCAGAGAGAGCCCUGGCCCGGAGCUUAGCUGGCUCCAGGGCCAAGAUCUGGGGCAUAGCUGGCUCCAGGGCCAAGGCACAGGGCACAGCUGGCUCCAGGGCCAAGGCACAGGGUGCACCUGGCUCCAGCGACAAGGCACAGGGUGCAGCUGGCUCCAGCGCCAAGGCCCGAGCCCUGACAGAGUCCGACACUGAGUACAGUUCCAACCAGGGCAGGUCAUUCAGUGAAGCUAUGGAAAUGGAGGCUAAGCUGUUAGAGCAGUUCAUGCUACACAGUUAUCAGCUGAAACAGCACAGCAUGCUGGAAGACAUGCAGAGAAUGGUGAACCCAGCUUUUGCAGCUUACUUUGAUGACAUCUUAAUGAUAGCCUCUGAACACACUGAGACGCAUUUUGCCAUGCACGUUGAGGAGAUAGAUCCUGUGCUCCAUGCCUAUGACCUGGUGACUCAGCUGCAGCUUCCAUAUAACGGCAGGGUGCACCCCGGCUGCGGACUGCCCAAGACCGGACUGCUCAUGUACGUCCUGGGGCUCAUCUUCACCAAGGGUAGUCAUGCCACCGAAGAGGAGAUAUGGGCGUUUCUGAGCAUGAUGAGCAUCUACCCCGGCCAGAAACACCACAUUUAUGGGGAGCCCCACAAGCUCCUCACACAAGACCUGCCCCGCCGCUACCAGUUCCUGGGGGGCCCCAAAGCCCAGGCUGAGAUCCGCAAAAUGAGGGUCCUGGAGUUUAUCGCAAAGGUUAAUGGCAAAGAGCCAACCGAUUACCUGGCCCAAUACCAAGAAGCUGUCCAAGAUGAGCAGGCCAGAACCCAGGCUCAAGUUGCCGCCAGGGCUGCCUGCACAUCUAACACCAGGAUGUCCCAGCAACUCCCGAGCCUUGUACAGUGGGCCAGCUGUGCCCUGAGUUGUGACAUCAUGCCCAGACGCAAGAAUAAGCGCCAUUCCUCUGGGAAGUCCCGCCAUACCCAGGACCAGGACCAGGCCCAGGCCAGCACAGAGGCCCAGGCCAAGGCCAAAGCCCAGAACAAGACCCAAGCUAAGACCAAGGCCAAGGCCCAGGACCAGCCCCAGGUCCAGGCCCAGGCUGACACUUGUCAUGGCGCCACUGGGCACACCCCAGCAGCAGCAGUGGCUAUGGCAGAGGCAGCAGCUGCAGAAGCAACAGCAGCAAAAGGCAAUGAUGCCCAGGAUGCUCAGGGCAAUGCUGGCACCAAGACCUCCAGUGAUGCCAGGGCAGCCUCUGGCCCCAAAGGAGAUGAGGCAGAGCCACAGCCCAAAACCACCCCUGUGGGCAGACCCAGCUGUGGAACUGAGGAAGCUGCCCCAAAGUUGGAAGUGGAGGAGAAGUUUGAGUAUGGCCCUCUGCACACAGACCCCGACGCCAUGAACAAGAGGGUGGUUGUGCUGGAGCAGUUCCUGCUGUACAAGUUCAAGAUGAAGCAGCCCAUCCUGAAGGCAGAAAUGCUGAAGGUCUUGGGCCUCAGGUACCAAAGCCACUUCCUGGAGAUGCUGAAGAAAGCCUCUGAGCGCAUUGAGACCCUGUUUGCAGUGCGCGUGCAAGAAGUGGACUCAGUGACCCAAGCUUAUGACCUGGUGGGCGAUCUCAAGCUCCCCAACCAGGGCAGGGUGUGCCCUGGCAGAGGGCUGCCCAAGUCCGGGCUCCUCAUGCAUGUCUUGGGCAUGAUCUUCCUGAAGGGCAACUGCGCCAGCGAGGACGACAUCUGGAAGCUGCUGGGCACCAUGCAGGUGUACCCAGGCAGGAAGCACAACAUCUACGGGGAGCCCCGCAAGCUCCUCACCAAGGAUCUUGUGAGGCUGCAGUACCUGGAGUACUGCCCGGUGCCCCAUACUCAGCCCCCCCGCUACCAGUUCCUGUGGGGUCCCAAAGCCCAUGCCGAGACCAGCAAGAUGAGCGUGCUGCAGUUCAUGGCCAAGAUCAAGGGCACGGUGCCCAGCUCCUUCUCACCCCAGUACCAAGAGGCUCUGCGUGAGCAGGCAGAGAGAGCCCUGGCCCGGAGAGUAGCUGGCUCCAGGGCCAAGGUGCAGGGCGCAGCUGGCUCCAAGGCCAAGGCCCAGGGCGCAGCUGGCUCCAGGGCCAAGGUGCAGGGCGCAGCUGGCUCCAAGGCCAAGGCGCAGGGCGCAGCUGGCUCCAAGGCCAAGGCGCAGGGCGCAGCUGGCUCCAAGGCCAAGGCGCAGGGCGCAGCUGGCUCCAAGGCCAAGGCGCAGGGCGCAGCUGGCUCCAAGGCCAAGGCGCAGGGCGCAGCUGGCUCCAGGGGCAAGGCGCAGAGUGCAGCUGGCUCCAGGGCCAAGGCACAGGGCGCAGCUGGCUCCAGGGCCAAGGCGCAGGGGCAGCCGGCUCCAGGGCCAAGGCCCAAGCCCUGA